AUGGCGCAUUCCAGUGCUUCAGACCCUGAUUCGCAGAGCAGGCCACCGGUCGAGGUCCUUGAUGAAGGGUUUACUGAACUAUGGACCCCGUCCAACGCCGCUGCUGACAUCAUACUCAUUCACGGUCUGCAAGGACAUCCACGAAAGACGUGGACCUACGGAACGUGGAUCGAUCCGAACAAGCCUCCAAGCAAACUCUCUAAGCUGUUCGGUCGCAAACCUUCCUCGGCCAGUACCGCAAGUGAAGCAACGUGUUUCUGGCCGGCAGAUCUUCUUCCCAAAGACAUUCCCAAUUGCCGCAUAGCUGUUUACGGCUACGACUCCCGCAUUAGCAAUUUCUUCGGCGGAUCCGCCAGUCAAGCCAGUAUCGUGGGUCAUGGCACGAGUCUGUUGAAUGCUUUGGAAGCUCUGCGACGGGACCGUCCUACACGUCCAAUAGUGUUUGUGGCACACAGUCUUGGGGGGCUGAUUCUUAAAGAGGCCUUGCGACGGUCAUGGCGGGCACAAAAUUAUGAACAGGAUCUGCGGACCGUAUACGACUCUACGGCUGCAAUCAUUUUCAUGGGAACACCUCACCGUGGAAGCCAAUAUGCAGAUUGGGGAGUCAUCCUUCGGAAUGUCGCGGUUGCGUCUGGCUUCGAUGCGAGCGAUCGCAAUCUGCGGGACUUGAGGAUCGACUCGCCCAUACUCGAAAUCUUGAGGGAAGAUUUCUCAAAGAUGAUGAAGGAGGAAACGUUUGAUCUUUAUACAUUGAUCGAGGGCAAGGGUUUAAAAGGUGUGCAAGGCUUGACUGGCAAGGUUGUGGAGGAUGUUUCCUCAGAACUCAAUGAUGCACGCGAGCGGCGAGAUUACAUCAACACAAAUCACAUGGAAAUGUGUCGUUUCUCAGGACCUAAGGACCCUGGAUACCGUAAGAUCAAGGACGUUUUCUUCAGGUGUCUUAACAGUUCCCGAGUCAGCGGCCCUCAUAUCGAAGCUGCACCAGGACAACUCUCUAUGUACAGCGCCGAGUGUAGGGCAGCUCUGGAAAGCCUGGACGCCCCUGAAACUAUUGUUCGAUUCAGCCAAGUGGAUGCACCUGUAGAUCAUACUUUUGAGUGGCUUUACGAGAAGGAAGAACUAGGAUUCCAGGAGUGGCUUAAAGAUGCGAGGAGACUGUACUGGAUUCAAGGAAAGCCGGCAUCGGGAAAGUCCACUCUCAUGAAGAUGAUAUGUACGGACCCUCGAACCGAUGCGGCUCUCAACCAAGCCGAAGGCGAAUCCGUUCGAGCAGCGUUCUUUUUCCAUGAUCGGGGCGGAACUCUCCAGAAGUCUUUCGACGGCCUCCUGCGAGGCAUUCUUUUCCAGAUUCUGUCUUCUAUUCGGCAAUUGCUACCUUUGGUCAUACCAGCGUACCGCUCCACUCGACGUGGAGACCUGCAGGUUUGGGAAGUCAAUUAUUUAUUAUCAGCUUUCGAUGCUAUCUUAUCUCAAACUGCAAUCAAAGUCAGACUUUGUCUGUUUUUGGAUGCUCUCGACGAAUACUCGGGAGACCAUAAAGGUAUGGCUCAGUUCCUUCGCAAAAUUGGUGUCGACCGGCCGCGGACCAAGACGUUGGUGAAGGUCUGCUUUUCGAGUCGCCCACUCCAGAUUUUCCUGGACAAGUUCCAAGGCCUCCCAGGGUUCCGAAUUCAGGAUUUCACCAAAGAAGAUGUUCUUCUGGUUGUAAAAGCAAGAAUGGCUGAGAACGAGAGAAUGCUACAGUACAUGCAGUCACCAGACAUGUCAGAACAAAACGCAGUUCAGGCACUGGAACUGGAAAUCGCGAAGCGGGCAGAUGGAGUGUUCCUCUGGCUAAAGCUUGUCCUGGACGAGCUGUUGGAGGAGUUUCAAGAUGGAGCUAACCUUCACGAAUUGGGUCAAACGCUUCUGACCCUGCCUACGGAUCUCGAGAGUUACUACCAGAGAGUGCUUGAACGGAUACCUCAUCGAUACCAAGAAGAAAGCCGGGUCAUGUUCGAGAUCACAACAUGCGCGGUCGAGCCAUUGCUCGUACAGGCCUUUAUGGAGGCUUUUGACUAUGCUCCGAUAGAGAAUCUUGCCGAUUGCCGCCCCUCUACAAAAAUCACUGCCGGACGAUUUCUCGACCGCGCCGAACGCUUGGUCCGAAGUCGGUCGGGUGGUCUCAUCGAAAUCACGCCGAACUGGCAUGCAGCCGUGCAAGAUCCACAGCGCCUCCACGCGCAGCUUUCGGGCCGUUUGCUUGGUGAAGAUGCGUAUUCCCUGCAAUUGAUACACCAGACCGUAAAGACGUUUCUUCAGAGGCCGGAUACUCGAUUCUCCUCCGGCACCGCUGCUUUACAUGCGCAUAAUGGACACACAUACAUCCUUAAAUUCAUGCUUGCUACUAUCGCCCGGAUUAAGGAGCCGUUAAACGACGACACUAGGGAAGCGCUGCUUAUCAACAUCCACAGAUACUCCGACUGGCGCUUCACAUUGACGAUUUACGCAAAUUUAGCCGAGCGGACAACAGGAGAAUCACAAAGAACGCUCCUGUGUCAGGUUGAGGACAAGCAGAUAGCCUACCUCUUCGACUCCUGGGAUUCCAAUACGUGGCAGGGCAAGACCCUAUCAUAUCCUCUGGUUGACUCUCUACUGUCGUUAGCAGUUGUUGCAGACUUGAGACUGUUUCUUGCGCAACAGUAUACCACCGAAAGUGCCAGACGAAGUUCUACGCUACCAUUGCUCCAUCUUGCAGUUCACCAGCGUCUCGGCCAUGAAGAUAAUGUCUUCUUGUACCACAGCUUCGAUCAGAGCGCAAUAAUUGAGAUUCUCCUCGAGAAAGGAGCCGAUAUGAAUGAGGUGUUCGAUGACAAGACCGUGUUUCAGAUGCUCUGCUCCGUGAGACACAAAGGCGAAACACCCGCUCAAGCCAGAAUGAUCGAAACCUUCUUGAAGCGACACCAGGACCCUAAUGUUCGCAUCGAGGAGCUUGGGCGACAGCCGAGGCAUUGGUAUACUCCUUUACAUAUGGCUGCCAAGCACCAUGAUAUACACUCUAUCAAGUGUCUACUUCGAUACGGCGCGAUGGUCAAUUCAUUGAAUGGUCGAGGAUUCACUCCGCUAGAUGAAGCGUUAGAGUGGGUGCAUAUCAAUCUCCGCGAUUACAUCGGAAACGGCACCUCCGAUGACUUCUAUAGGAAUAUACAAGCGGUCACGGUUUCACUUCUCCUUGAUCACGGAGCUAAGUGCAGCGGCCAGAAGCUGAACGAAGACCACUUAACGAUACGAGAAUUUGCGACACUCAGAGAGCUGGGUGUGGAUGUGGAUAACAGGAUCACGAAUCCUCCAGUACUGCGGUCGGGCUCGCCGACCCAGCAACAUGUUAUAGCAAACCCAAAUUCGUCAAUGGCAGUUCGCAGCCUUCGCUUUCGUCACACCUUCCUUCCGAUUGUAGAAUAG